CCGGCAUGUUCUCGACGCUCUAUUCCUUCUCAGCUGAUUAUGACGUAAUGUGCACAACAACGAGGCUAGCUGGACUGAAGAACUACAAGUUUUGACACCAGCGGAGUGUGUCGCAGUUGGCGAGGGUCUUGAAAGGUGGAGAGACUCACCGGGGAGGCUGUUCUAGAGACGCGACUCUCUCUGUACACAACCGCCUCAGCUUCUGUCAGGCUCACAAGAGAAGGAGUGUGCAGAGGGGUGGCGGGGCGACAUGGUGGAUUACUACAACGUCUUGGGAGUAUCCAAAAAUGCCACUCAGGAGGACAUCAAGAAGGCCUACAGGAAACUUGCACUUAAAUGGCAUCCUGACAAAAAUCCUGACAACAAAGAGGAAGCGGAAAUGAAAUUUAAAGAAAUUGCCGAGGCUUAUGAAGUUCUCUCUGACCAGAACAAACGGGAUGCCUUUGAUCGAUAUGGAAGUGAUGGAAUGAAACAUUCAGGCUCGUCCAACUCGGACUUCUCUUCAGAUUUCCCAGGAUUCGGCUUCACAUUCCGCAGCCCAGAUGAGGUUUUCAGGGAGUUUUUUGGUGGCCAAGAUCCUUUCGCCAGUUUGUUUGAUGAAUUUUCAUCAUUUGGGGUUUCGACCUCUCGCAUGGGUCCUAACCGCUUUUUCUCGUUCCCUUCAGCUGGAGCUGAAUUUACGUCUUUUUCAUCCAUGGGUGGUUUUCAUGAUAUGGGCAGCAUGGGUGGAGGCAAUUUCAAAUCUGUGUCUACUUCCACUCGCAUCAUAAAUGGCAAACGUACAACCACCAAGAAGAUUAAAGAGAACGGGCAGGAACGAAUAGAGAUCGAGGAAGAUGGUGUGUUAAAGUCUGUACUAAUUAACGGCGUGCAGGACGAAAUGGCUCUCGCGCUGGAGCUGAGUCGACGAGAGGGCCAGCAUCAUCAAAUGCCCACAAAUCCCUCAAUCCAAAACAAAUCAAGUGAUGAAACUGGCAGAACCUGGUCCAGCCCGUAUUCUGCAGGUGCACACCGCUCGUUCAGCGCUGCCCCUUUUUACAACUUUGGGGGGCUUACUGGAAACGAGCAAGACGAGGACGAUGAAGAUCUGCAGAUGGCGUUGGCUUGCAGCUUGUCAGAAAUGGAAGCCCAGCAGAAAGCAGCUGCUCCAGACUUCAUAUCAGACUCAGACUUUGAAGCCUUCACAAGCUAACCCUAUUGGCUCUUGCUCUGCUUUGACCGCGCCCUCAUCUUUCGGUCAAAUCUCAAGAAUCCACGACGCACUCGUCUUUCUGCCCAUCAUGUCUUCUAUAUUAUGAAUGACUCUUAAAAUGUUACAGAAGUGUGCUUAGUAUGUAUGACUCUGAAUAAACCAAUCUUAUAUUGGUUUGAAAAGACUGGGAAAUGGCCCACAUAUUCUCUGGACUAAUCAUUUUUGUUUGUAUGCAUUGUAACUCAUUUUUGUAAGGGUAAUAGUGUACAAGAUAAAAUGAUUAAGCCAAGAGAACAAAUAUCCCAAAGAAUUGAACCAUAAAUAUAGCGGUAAAGUUUUAACAUAUUGUGUAAAUCAAAGAAAUACAGUAUUUCCUACAGGCAUUGUGUGUUUUGUACAUCUUUCAUCACAUUUCGUUUCAUGCAAAACACACAAAGACUCAGUUCGAUCAGAGAAAUGUGUUUUUUGCUGCAUCACAUCACUAAUUUAUUCAGUCAAAAAUACAUUUUUAUAGACAUUUUAUCUGUUUGCUACAUGAAAUAAAUACAAUCAUCAUUGGGAAUUAUUUACAUU